AUGCCUCCCCGAAAACGUGCGGCAGAAGCUAUUUCCAGCUCUCGCCGAAGCUCCCGACGCACCUCCACCAUCAAAAGUCAAUACUUUGAAGGUAGCGAUGCUACAGAAGAGAGUGAUGCGCCGCCACCAAAAAAGCGUGGAAGACCUGCAAAGAAACAACUCAAAAAGGAAGAAUCUGAGGAGUCUUAUGGCGACGAGCUAGCUCAGGAGGAACCGGAGGAAGAAGAGGAUGACGACGAUGAGGAUGAUGAAGAUGCCCCUAUGAAGGUCACUAUCAUUCCCUUGGAAAAGAUGAGGGACACAGAUGGUAUAGAAUAUAAAGACUUCAACUUACACAAGAAUACGUUAUUAUUCCUGAGGGAUCUCAAAGCAAACAACCAGCGACCUUGGUUAAAGUCACAUGAUGGAGAGUACAGACGAGCCCUAAAAGACUGGAACUCCUUCGUCGAAUGUACUUCAGAGUCCGUUAUUGAAGCGGAUGAGACAAUCCCCGAACUACCCAUCAAGGACUUGAGCUUCCGCAUUCACCGAGAUAUUCGCUUCAGCAAAGAUCCUACGCCGUACAAGCCUCACUUUUCUGCUGCGUGGUCUCGCACUGGCCGCAAAGGUCCAUACGCUUGCUACUACAUCCACUGCGAACCCAAGAAGUCAUUUAUCGGUGGCGGUCUCUGGUGUCCCAGUGGUGAUCAAAUGCACAAGCUUCGCGCCAGCAUCGACGAGAGACCAAACCGGUGGCGUCGUGCCCUCAAUGACGAAGCCUUCAAGCGCACCUUUCUACCCAAGGCGGCCAAGAAGUCCGAUCCUGAAGCAGCGCUACUUGCAUUCGCAGAAAAGAACCAGAGCAAUGCGCUAAAGACGAAGCCAAAAGGCUUCACUGCAGAGCAUCGGGAUAUUGCAUUGUUGAAAUUGAGAAAUUUUACUGUUGGAACGCAGAUCGAUGAUGGUUUGUUCUAUCGAGAUGAUGCGCAAGAGAAGAUUAGUGAAAUCAUUCGUCCCAUGGUGGGAUUUGUUUCGUUCUUGAAUAGUAUCGUUAUGCCAGACCCUGGCCAGGACGACGAUAGCGACGAAGAGGAUGAGGAAGACGAAGAAGAGGGAGAGUCUGUUCACGAUGACGACAGCGUUGUUGAAUAA